UGGACAGAAGAUAUUUGUCUCAAAUCUUAUGUAGACUCCCUACUUUUGGGGUUAUUUUAAAAAUAAGUAUAUUAAAGUUAGAAAAGAUACAUUCUAACAAAUAUUAAUCCUAGUUAAAAAGGAAAACCUUGUUGGCUGAUUUUGUGCCUGGCAUUAUUGCAUUUGUUAAGAUCUGCACAUAGCUCGGUUUACUCGUCGCGUAGAAGAACCGUGCAGGCAGCGAGCCCAGCCAGUGAGCCAUCUAAAAGUCCAACAGAUACCCUGUUCUCUUCCUCAUCAUUUCAGAACAGAAAUGACUGCUGAACAAGAGAAAAAGACUGGACAAGCCGAAGAAGGUAGUGAAAACGAGAAGGAAGUCAAAGAUGUGCCAGAUGAUGAAGAUGAGGAUGAUGAUGAUGAUGACAAUGAGGAGGAAGAUGAGGACGAGGAAGACCCAAUAGAUCCUAUGGAUACUUUGCGUGAAUCAUGCGCGAGUAUGAAGAAAUGCAGUGAUUUUUAUGCUAAAUUUGAGCAAUGCGAAGAACGUGUGAAAUCAAAAGCACAUACAGAAGAAACCUGCAGCGAGGAAAUAUUAGACUUUUUUCAUUGUCAAGAUACUUGUAUGGCUAAAGAUUUGUUUAGUAAAUUGAAGUGAAAACACAUGGCUGUGUAUUUUUAUAGACCCGUUGUUCAAUUGUAGUUAAAUUUUAGCUGAAUAUAAAUUCUGCAAGCA